AUCACGUGAUGCCAGCUUCCGGCCUUAAAUUGUUUUCCCUGUCCAAGAAACGUGAAUUUCAGAUAAACAAACAAACGUGAUAUUUUUAUUUAGCUACGAAACGUUCGAAUGUAGCUGGUGUUAGCCGCAUACAUUUGACCAUGGUGAAAUGCGUGGUCCAGGGGUGUCCUAAUCGAAGCGACAAUAAUAAAGGAGCGUUUCCGAAUCGACCUUCCAAGAGGUUUUUCAAUUUACCUAAGGCCCAGGCUCGAGUGAAAGUGUGGCUUGCCGCACUGCGAGAGACGGAGAAGGAGGAUUCAACAGAGGAUCACAUAAUAUGUGAAGACCACUUUCUGACAGACCACAUAACACCUCUCGGAAUAAGCGAGGAUGCCAUUCCUAUAAUGCCCCCAUACCUUGACGGGCCACUGAGUCUGAUCAGCCCGUGGGGCGAGGACUCUUCUGACGAAGAGGAAUUCGUGGAUGAUGAUGCUUCGGCUACGCACGUGAGGAUGCUCUCAUCACUUUGAUCGACAGCUUUCUUACUGCGUUCAUUUAAGUCGUUGUUUUUACAUUUAGCAACCCCUGUCUAUGUAUUUUAUUUACAGAAUGACGAUGUUGAAGAAGAAUAUGAUGAGAGUCAGGCCGAGACAGCACCAUCUGCAUCUAGGUAAGGUUGCAGCACUCUAGCCUGUAUAAAGGCUAAAAAUGGCAAUAAUAAGCAUUCAUCCUUUUGUGUUUUUAACUACUGGCACACUUGCAUUGUGCACUUCUACACACCGCUCUAGGUGAAUGAAAACAACGAGGCCUAUUUAAGUGGAUGGUGUUAUUUUGUAUCAUCUUCACUCUAGGUUCCGUAAACUGGUUGAAGGCACCAAGACAAAGACAAGACAAGGUAUGGGUGAUCAUCAUUACUGAAAAAGAAUGCCGCUUCCCUGCCUUGGACAAUGUGUGCGUCCCUAAUGGCACCCUAUCCCCUAUAUAGUGCACUACUUUUGACCAGGACCUUUAGUAAACCAUAUAGGGGAUAGGGUACAAUUUGGAAAUCAGAUAAUGUGGAAUCAAUUAUCUUUUUUUGGCUUGAAGCAAUAUUGUACCUUUUUCCUACUGUAGUCAGUGCUUCCACUGAACCCAAGACAGUGUUACCGGACAUCAGGAAGGGAUUUGUCCGCCACGAUCUAUCCUUGGCUCUGUUGACCAAGAAGUUCCUAAGGCUAAUGAGUGGCGCCCCUCAUGGUGUCAUGGACCUCAACCUUGCAGCACAGAACCUCCACACACGCAAGCGGAGGGUAUAUGACGUCACCAACUGCCUGGAGGGGAUCAAGCUCAUCCAGAAACAAUCGGCCAACAAGAUCAAGUGGAUGUGAGUAAUACGGCUUGAACACACCGGCUCUUUGCCAGUCUGUGCUCCCACCAUCUGUGCUUAUGUGUCUGUUUUGACAGGAUGUGUUCAUGCAGGGUCGUAUUCAUUAGGCACCAAAUUGAAUAAAACAGACUGAAAUAGGAAGGGACUACCUGAACUUGUCCAAUAAGAAAGACUCAUUUUCAUGUUCUGUUACAAAACUGUUCUGCAUGGUUGCAAGGGGUUGAUCUGUGUGGUUUCCCCCUCUCCCUCCCCAGAGGUCCGUGUCCAGUUGCCAGUUUUGUGGGGCCGAAGCAGAGGCUUCAGCGGGAACUUAAGAACCUGAAGACGGUGGAGGAGAGUCUGGAUGAGCUCAUCAAGACCUGUGCCCAGCAGCUCUUUGACAUGACCGACAGCUUGGACAACAUAGAAUAUCCUUUUAGAAACGCAUACAGUUCAUUUCACCUCUUACAUGGGUUACGUUUCCAUUCUCCAACCUUUUCCAGAAGUGUGCACUUGCACACUCGCCAUCAUGGAUUUAAAAGCAUAGGAUUGGUAUAGGCUUUGGCUGGAGGAAGUUUCCACCAUUGUAAAAUCCAUGUGAGAAAGUGCAAUUGUGAAUGAACCUAUGUUUCAGUUCACAAUCAUCAGGAAUGAACCACGCUGUGCCCAAACAUUGGUUCAGUUACCUCAGUCUCUACUAAAGUACAAGUGUGUUAUGUAUCCUCCUGCUGUUGUAUCCUCUUUAACUCCCUCUGCACAUUAGCCUACGUGACCCACAGUGACAUCAGUGGUAUCAAGGUGUUCCAGGAACAGACAGUCGUUGCCAUCAAAGCCCCGGAGGAGACCAAGCUGGAGGUGCCCACACCCAAGGAGGUACAGUAAGCCCUGGAGGGCCAACUGCAACCCUGCUUUAAGCAUCAAACAACGGAGAAUCUGAGUGCGGAUAGACUGCCGAUGGGUACUUAUCACAGUAGGAGGCCGUUCCUUCUCUUGCUAGAACAAAAUACGUACCUGCUGUGUACCAACCUGGUACUGACGAAACUGCCGUUUCUACUUGUAGAAUCGCAAUGCUCGGCAGUGGCCGACAACUUGACUUUGAGCCAAUUAGAGAGCACUGACCUCCAUGUGGGGGAGCCGACAUGAGUGACAAGAAUAAGGAAGAAAGAGGGUACUUUUUCCUGUCUAAUCCACCCUUUUUAUCAGACUUGUUUUAACUAAAACCUUCAUCUUUGAAGUCUAAGGAGUGUUGUGCUUGAGGAGGGAUUUUUGAGUUAGGUUUGCUAAUGUGCACUUAUUAGUUAGCUAGCUAGCAAACGUUAGCUUGCAAACUGAGCAAGGCAGUCACACACACUUCAUAUGAAACGAAUGGGGUGGUAAUAAGUGCAGCACAAUGCACACAACACUAAAUGCUUUACUACUCUAGCUAUCUGGCCACUGUAGCUAGUAACAUUGCAAUUCAAUCACAAUUGAUUUGUUUCCAUGAAGCAGCUGUCUGUAGCUGGCUGCCGAGAGUAAAUGCAGCGUCUUUACUUUACUUAGCAAGCACAACAGCUAGCUAGCGAAUCAUGCUAACAAUUUAGCUAACGUUAGCCAGCUAGUUAAAAAUGUAUCUAUGGGCUUUACGAGAUUAUGGAGAGUUAAUUACAUUGUUUCUUUGUCAUCUUGCUAGCUGUGGCCAUCUGGCUAGUAUCAACAAAGGCUUUCUACAACAGUAGCAACAUUAGUGCAGCUAUAGCUAACAUUGACUAGUAACAACGCUACUGCCGCCUUCUGGUUUGGAGUAUUUUAACAAGGCUGAGUGGCUGACAACUUCAAGGUCUUUGCUGUGUGAACACAAAAGAAAUUGACUGCCGACACUUUUCAGAGGUGCUAAGUACUGUCGGCAGGAAAACGUUUGACAAUCCUACAGGUGUGUGUGAGCUUUUACAGACCUUGAUCGUGUUCAUUAGGAAACACAGUAGCAAACCGUUGUGCAACUAAAAUGUGUGUUUCUUAUUGGACAAGUUCACGUAGUACCUCUCCAUUUUGGACCGUUUUCUUCUGUUUUGUGCCCAGUGAACACAACUCUGUUGCUGUACAUGCAUGCGCAUUCACUCAUGAUGCACUGAUAAACAGUUUCAGAAUCUGUACAAUUCGAAACCAAUUAGUCUGAUGUUGAUUGGCUGAACUAAUCACUUUGAAUUUUUUCAAUUUUAGGAUGGCAUCCAAAUCCACCUGAAGGGAGGCAGGGGACCAAUCAAAGUGCUGACCUGUGAGAUGGACGGGCCUCCACGUGACACACAGGGAAGUGGAAAGACAUCAGGCUUUCUAUCACUGGAGGAGAGCAGGAUUAAGACCAUGCUUCUGCACACAGGUAACAACACAGCUGUGCUUUUCAAUCAAUCAAAUUAAUCAAUUGCUAAGCUAUAUUAGGUGCCCCAGACAUUUAAUUACAACUAUGUAAAGUACCUUGAGAUGUCCUAUUAUGCCAUGAUUGGAUUGGAACAUUGAGUGUGUUCCUCACUGCAAACAGCAGAGAGAGCCGUUUACUUUAAAAUAGGCUUGGGGGAUACUGUAUCAAAUGAGGUCAGUUUUCUCACAAAAAGAAAGUUAUGAAAGUAGACAUUUUGGUGUGGUCAACAAAUCAACUGUUAAUUGCUCUCUUUCUGUAGGGGCCUCUGCAUCACAGAAUGCUGUACAGAGUGGAUAGUCUGUCGUCAUGGUAGCAUGCUGCACUGUCACAUUGUCCUCAUUGGAUGUUUUUUUUUUCACUGUUUGGACUCCACAUCCUGACAUUGUCACUUUGGGAAGAGGCCAUUUUUGUCAUAAAAAAAACAAACAAAAAAUCUGUGUAAAAUGCCAACGAUUAAAGCAAAGUAAGUGGAGGAAUGUAUGACUUCAUUGUAAAAAGUGCACGUAAGUCAUGAAAUCACAAGCUUUAUUUUUAUACAUGUAGUUUUGAGUUUACUAAAGUGAGUUGUGUGGUUGCAGUACACUACUACUGUAAUAAUGUACUUUUAAAUCAUCUUAAAAUGUGUGCAAAAUGUGACAGCUAUAGUCAUUAGAAAGUAACACAUGCUUAUGUACAGAAAUUAUAAUUCUCCAAGCAGUAUCAUGAUGUACCGUAGUGGAUUUGAACAUGAUGUGUAUGUUCUUUGCUUUUGUUAUUUUUUCAUCGGACUAUUCUGAAUGCCCUAUUAAAAGUUCAACUUUUGUUUGUCUUUCUAAUGUUUUUUUUUCUUUCUAUAAUCUGUUAUUACUUAUUAAGAAAACACUUCCAAUGCAUCCUAUGAAUAAACUCACUUGU